UGUCUGACACAUGCCAAACUGAUGUGACUGUCUUACGAAAGUAGCAGGAGGUCAGAGGUUCAACAGUCACUUUUUCCAUCUAAGUUGAAAUUUCCCAAUUCAGUACAUGCCUUCCCAUGACUUAGUUAAACUGUUGAGAAGUAAAUGACCUGAGUAAGAGCUGCUUCGUUGCUGAAAUAAUGUAUUUUGAAAGCAAAGAGAAGGAAGUGAAAGUGCUUUUCCGUAACAUGUCUAGACAGCGCAGCAAUUCUUUUUAAAAGUGCAUGCAUGUGGGUUAUUAAUCCCCUUUUUCUGCCACAAAACAGCAUUAUGUUUUCUUUCUUCACUUCCCAUUAAAGUAGUUAGCUUCCUGUGGGAUAAAUGAGGUCACUUUAGUGCCGAUAUUAUUCAGGUCACUUGGUAGGAGGCUUUGUGAGGAAAUGCAAAUGUUCAAGUUCUGAGAGAAGUCUGAGGAGAGGAUGGGCUGAGAGAGGACGACUUCUCUUUCCUCUCACUGGGCUGAUCAACAACAAUCUGGUUUUCUCUCUGUUCACCAUGAAGCUUUAUGGCGCUCUGAUUGUGCUUCUGACUUUGUCUACAGCAUGUGGAUUAAGAUGCUACACAUGCACUGCCACUGAGCCUAGAUCCUGCACUGACACCAAAUCUUGUCCAGUCAUCUUCAAUCGAUGCUUCUCUCUCAAAGUAGACGGCUACGACAUGGUCACAAAGGGCUGCCAAACCAGCAUGGCAUGCAUAGGUGCCGUGUCGUGCUGUGAGGGGGACUUGUGUAACAGUGCUGUACCAGCUGGUCCCAGUGUCCUCUUGUUGCUUGUGUCCUCAGCCAUCAUCACUCUGUUUCUUUAAGGCUGUGGGAUUUUCUUAUUUUUAUGCUGUUUUUGACCCAAUUUGUACAACUGCAGAGGUAUAAAGACAUAAAAAUAUUAAUAAACUCUGUCAAAGUAAAAUGCCUCACCUUAUGCACAGAUUUUACAUCUAGAUUACUUUUUUUUACAUGGAUUGAGAGCGGACUUUGUAAUGGGGUUUAAGUCACUGUCACCUUGUAAAAAAUAAUUUUCUUUUAAUAGGGACGCACUGGGUUACAAUAAAAGAAACAUAACUACUGA